UACAAUCCCAUAACAGACUCUCACAGGAAGGCAUCGGCAGUUAGAAGCAACGCAGAUUUCAAAGAUCCGAGUCGUCUACAGCAUUCUCCAAAAAAUCUUUAUCGCAUCUCCUCUCUAAAACAACAGUCAUGACUUCUUUCAAAGAUCAGGAAUUCCGCGGCUUACUCAGUCUGGAAGAGCACGACCCCGAACUCUUCGAUCUCAUUGAACAGGAGAAGUCUCGCCAAUGGCGAUCUUUGGAGCUGAUCGCCAGCGAGAACUUUACAUCCCGUGCGGUUAUGGAUUGUCUCGGUUCAGCUCUCACGAACAAGUAUGCCGAGGGUCUCCCCGGCGCUCGUUACUACGGAGGAAACGAAGUUGUCGAUCAGGUCGAAGCGCUUUGCCAAAAGCGUGCUCUGGAAGCCUACGGACUCGAUCCGGAGAAGUGGGGCGUCAACGUCCAGCCCUACUCGGGAUCCCCGGCCAAUUUUGCCGUCUAUACGGCUCUGUUGAAGCCUCACGAUCGUAUUAUGGGACUGGACCUUCCCAGCGGUGGACACUUGACGCACGGAUUCUACACCUACUCCAAGAAGGAAGGUACCCGUAAGGCCGUCUCGGCGACCUCGGUUUAUUUCGAAUCAUUGCCCUACCGCGUUCACCCCGAGACAGGUUACAUUGACUACGAUCAGCUAGAGCGUGAUGCUGGUCUCUUCAAGCCGGCCAUGAUUAUUGCCGGAGGUUCGGCUUACCCACGUGACUACGACUACAAGAGAUUCCGUGAAAUUGCUGACGCCAAUGGGGCACUUCUAAUGAUGGAUAUGGCACACACAUCGGGCUUGGUCGCCACCGGCGAACUCGACAGCCCGUUCGAAUACGCUGAUGUGGUCACUACGACCACGCACAAGUCGUUGCGUGGACCCCGCGCUGGUAUGAUCUUCUUCCGCAAGGACGAACGCGGCUUUGAGUCGCGGAUCAAUCAGGCCGUCUUCCCCGCGCUACAGGGCGGUCCCCACGAGCAUCAGAUUGCCGGUGUUGCCACGCAACUGAAGGAAGUGUGCUCUCCUGAUUUUAAGGUCUACUCGCAGCAGGUGAAGAAGAACGCCAAGGCCCUGGCCGACAAGCUUACAUCGAUGGGAUACUCUAUGGCUUCGGGCGGUACCGAGAAUCACUUGGUGUUGUGGGAUCUCAAACCCCAAGGAAUUACCGGCAGCAAGUUUGAAAAGGUAUGCGACGCUGUGUCUAUUACUCUGAACAAAAAUUGUGUGCCGGGAGAUGUUUCUGCCGUCACCCCAGGUGGGGUCCGUAUCGGUACCCCGGCUUUGACUACCCGUACCAUGGUGGAGUCCGACUUUGAACAGAUUGGGCAGUUCCUGCACGAGGCUUUGGAGAUUACCCUUGCGAUCCAGGAAAAGAGCGGCCCGAAGCUGAAGGACUUCCUGCCAUUGUUGGAGAAAAAUGCGGAUAUUGAGGCCCUCAAGGUGAGGGUCCACGACUUUGCCACUACGUUCCCCAUGCCGGGUUUCGAUCCCGCGACGAUGAAGUACAAGAACCCUGCUGGCCCAUCCCACUAA